CGCGCGCUCCCUGCCGCGCCCCGCACCCGCGCCCACCGUCCUGACCCCAGGCGCUGCCCACCCGAGGGAGCCCACGCAGGCCGCCCCGCGCGAGCCAGUCACCUGCGCCAGGAUUCAGCUGCCCCUGGAGAGGCAAAGCCUCCACCAUGAGUAUUUCAGCCCUUGGAGGAGGCAGCCCCAAAGGGAAGCGGCUCCCCCCUGGAGAGGAGGAGCGCAACAAUGUCCUGAAGCAGAUGAAGGUGCGGACCAUUCUGAAAGGGGACAAGAGCUGGAUCACAAAGCACGACGAGUCGGAGGGCCACACCCUAGAGCUGCCUUCUGUCCGGAGUCGAACCAUGUCCUUCUCAUCAGCAGGGGAGGUCACCAAGACCAGGACCCCGAGCACCAAGGCACCCACCGGCUACAUCAUCCGAGGUGUGUUUACCAAGCCUGUAGACAGCUCAUCUCUGCCCCAGAUGCAUAUCCCGAAGACCAAUGGAGAGCCCAAGAGCCCCUCCAGGCACUCACGCCCAUCGUCCUCUGGCUACAAGAUGACCACAGAGGAUUACAAGAAGCUGGCUCCUUACAACAUCAGGCGUAGUUCAACAUCGGGGGACCCUGAGGAAGAGGAGGUGCCUUUCUCCUCUGAUGAGCAGAAGAGGAGGUCUGAGGCUGCCAGCAGCGUGCUAAGGAAGUCAGCGUCCCGGGAACACUCCUACGUGCUAUCUGCAGCCAAGAAGAGCAGCAGCAGCUCUAGCCCGGAGACACAGGCUCCGUUCAUCGCGAAGCGAGUUGAGGUGGUGGAUGAAGAUGGACCUUCUGCAAUGACAAGACCUGUUCCAAGCACAAGCAGUGCGGACACGUGCAGAGCCAAGGUGUCUCGGGCGACUUGGAUUGAACACCUGCCCAGCCCCUCGGCAAGCCAUGAGCCCAGGUGGGUGCUGCACGCUGGCUCCAAGCCAGGCCUAAGCUGGUCCCGUGGGAUGGGCUGGCAUGGACUUCGGGACAGGGACAAGGAGUGCUGGGCACCUGGCUCCAGGCAUGACCUGGUGGACCACUGGGCCCACACUCAUCCAGGCUGCCUCGACCAGCCCUGGCUUCCAGAUCUGCCAAGAAGUCCAGGCCUGACUGUCCUUAAAGCUCUUCAGAAAACCUGGCUAAAGGCAAAUAUGGCGAGAGGGGAGGAGAUUGUCCGCCUGCAGAUCAUGACUCAGGGUGCUGGGCUCCGCCUGAUGGCCCCAGAUGGGGAAGGAGUGAGACCAUCCCUGGCCCCUUCAAAUGAGGCGCCCCAGAAGGAAUUGGCUGAUGAGGACUUCCAGGGCCUGAAACCAGACACUGAAAGUUCUGAGGCCACUGUGACCUCUACCAUCCGGGAUAAUGGGAAGAGUGACCUCUCAGCUGAACUGGAUGAAGUGGAGGCCAACUGGAAGGGUGCCUUGGCUGGUUCUGAGGAUAAGGUGGUGACCAAAAUGGAAGAGGCCUGGAAAGAAAGGUCCAAAGCACCAAUAGGUGACCAGGGAGACCCAGCUGCACCCAGUCAGAAGCUCGAGGACCCCAGCACUGGAGAGCAACAACAUGGAGGAGCUGAGAAGCUAGUGGAGCUGGACAGCAAGGCCAGCAGUUCUUUGGCUAGUUCUGAAAAGGAGGUGGUCGCCAAGGGAGAGGAAACUUGGCAGGAGAGGCCUGGAACUGCCAGAGAUGGCCACAGAGAAGCAGCUGCAUCCAACCUGCAGCCUGAGGAUGCCAGCAUCAAAGAGGGCCAGAACAUUCCGCCAGUAUCUGAACAGCUGGUGGAACUGGACAGUGAAGUCAGCAGGUCCUCUGUCUGGCUCUACAUUUUCUCCUCCAUCUGUCUGUCCAUGUUCCAUAGAGCCUUCAUCCUCAUCCACUCUCUAGAGAUGUGCCCGGAUGUAUUUGCUGAGGUAUCUGGAGAGAAGGUGAUGCCCAAGUAUGAGCCACAUGAAUGGACCAUGUACAACUUGAGUAGUGAGGCCCACAUCCAACAGAGGUCAUGGCAAUGGGAGCUGUGUGAGGAGCUUGAGCUGGUACAGCUUUUGAGACGGGACUGGAGACCGGCAUUUAAGGGCCUGGCUGGAGAAGGGCUCGGGAAGCUGCCUGUGGAGAGCUGCAGCUUCUCAGCAGCCAAGAGGACAGUGCCUCCACCAAACUGCCUGGUGACUGUGACCGUGAACACCACCGCUGAACAGCCUCAUAUUUCUGCUCCAGUGGCCCCAAGUGAUCUGGAAUCGGGCUCAGGCAGCAAAGGGCUCGUGUUGGUGAAAGAGUACACAGAUGCACGUGAGCUGUCUUCCCGGAAGCCGGGAGCCACCAGCUACAGCAGUGGUGCCAGCAGUGAGGAGGCAUCUGGCAAGGAGAAGAAAGGCCCCGGGAGUAGCACAGGUGCCCAGAGAACAACUGGAGGCAUCUGCACCUAUUGCAGCCGGGAGAUUCGAGACAGGCCAAAGAUUACCCUGGACCAUCUUGGCAUCUGCUGUCAUGACUAUUGCUUUAAGUGUGGGAUCUGUAGUAAACCUAUGGGUGAGCUUCUGGAUCAGAUCUUCAUUCACCGUGACACUGUCCACUGUGAGAAAUGCUAUGAGAAGCUCUUCUAG